AAGCAACAUCUUGAUCUGUAUCUGACACCCUCGACGUGACCGAUGUCCUCUUCGAGACCUGCGGCGUAUUUUGGUCGAAGGCGUACCAAGACAUUUACUGGCUGCUGGACAUGCCGCUCGAGAAAAGUGAAAUGUGACGAGACUAGGCCGUGUUGUUCUCCAUGCAAGACAAGGGGCCUUGACUGCCAGGGUUAUGGUGUUCGUCUUCAGUGGAUGCAUCACGAGACUGUUGCUCUCUCUGAAUCGAACUUGCAUGAUGCUAUCGGAACAGCCAACGAUGCAUCAAGUCCUCGAUCCUUAAGACGUCAAGUUCCAGUCUCAAUUGUCCAGCAAGUUCUGGAAUCGAGCCAUAUCGAGGGAAUUCUUAAACUCAUUGAUUCUGUAGAACCAGCAUCGACUGCCAGCGUAGGCGAUGACGUGCAUAUCAAUGUUGAGAAUUUUGGAGUCUUUGGUGCAAAGGCACGAUCGAACAUCGAUCCUCAGCACACUACCGACACUUUCUUAAUGCAAGAUGCGCUCACGGCAGGCGAGACUUGCGAUGAAGAGCCGCAACAAAUCCCCGGCAAAGACUUGGAUCUCUAUAAUUCCUCUACAAAUUUAUCAAGUCCCGAAGGACCGCAAAUUUGGCUAUCGCCUUCACAUUCCGAAGCUGAAGCCGCUUGGGAGUUGUGCAAUCUGCAUGUGCAACAGCAUCUAGAGACAGAGACAGGUGGUUUUGGCCCAGGCUUUGCCGGAGACCAUUCAAGUGACCUUCAGGAUCAGGAACCUCAUAUCGAAAUCUCGUCAUCUUCAUCAACACAUCAGCCGUGGCUCGCGAAAACCGUCUCCACUGAGCUUCCACGACCACCGGUGUCUUUGAUCUCUCAACGAGAGCGAUUUCUCAUGCACCACUACAUGCAUAGAGUCAUCAACAUAUUCUGCGUCAUCGAUAAUGCAAAGAGCCCCUGGAAGACGAUACAUCUGCCUCGAGCUAUCCAGGGAGCCGGUGAACUGAGUGUAAUGGGCGCAACAUCCAGGAUCCGCAACGCCUUGCGAAAUGCGCUGCUUUCCAUCAGCGCGUACUACUUCUCAAAUGUCCAGACGUCAGAUAGGAGGUUGAGAGCGGAGUCAAAAUGGGUGGAAGCAGCCACACUCUAUCGUUAUAAUGCGAUCGGAUUGCUUAAGCAGGCUGUGGAAGUUGAUCUGCAUUCGCCGAGAAGACCCAAGUACAAGGAGUUUCUGGCGACAAUGCUGUCAAUGAUCACAAUUAACGUGAGUCAAACCCUUCUCUCGUCAUGA